AUGAUUCAAAAAGAUUAAUCUAUGAUACCCAUCAGCUUGGGUUAAAAUAUGAGCUUCAUGCAUAAUAAUAGCUCUAGCAAUGUUUCAAAUUAACAAAUUGAGAAUGAAAACUUUAAUCCAUUAGAGUUUUAUUCUAUAAACAAAGAAGGAGCUGUAAACAGAAGGAAGCUAUUUUCCUUUUAAAAUAAAAGGGAUAACGAUGAUUUUUAGGAUGAUGCAUUAUUUAGUUCUAAUGUCCAAUAAAGCUCUGUUUUUUGUGAUAAAAUGUAAUUUUUGAAUAAAGAUGAUCAAUAAUAACAAAGUAGAUCGCAUAAAAAAUCUCAUAAAAGCUCUAGAUCUUCUACUAUUGUUUAGACAUCAAUUCAAACAGAUUUGGAUAAAAUGAGAAAAGAAUAGUGUAUUUAAAAUUUGAACGCAUCUUAUAAUGUAGAUGAAGUAUAAGAAAAUGAACAUUUAUAGAAAAUUAAAUAAGAAGAUUUAUCAAAUUAAAAGCCAUUUUGCUAAAACAUAUAAAUAGAGAACUAGUAAACAAAAUCUUAUUCAAAUGAAUAAUAUGACCUGCUAUAUGCUCCAAAAUAAUAAGAUCUAAGUUAAUGUUAAAACCAAUUAAGCAUUUAAGAGAAAUUAAAUGUUGCUAUGAAAUUCGUUAAAUAAGUGUGGCAUAGAAUUUUAAGUCGUGAUUUUAAAAUGACUAAAAAAUUUCACUACAAAGCUAUCUCUGAUAAGUCUUCUUUUUAUGAUAAACAUUAAGAAACAAAAUUCCUUUCAAAUAAUACGAUUAGUAGUAAAUUUAUUAAAGAGAAAGAAAAACUUUACUAAAGUAUGUUCCCAAAAAGUUAAAUAACUUGCAUAUAAAAGACCCAGUAGUUUAUUUUUUCAUGCUUAAUCAAGCUUAAUAUAGUUAUCAUCAAUCCACACUUUUGUUUAUCCUUGUAUGAUCCACUAAAUAUCUUAAAAGACAUUUUUUUGGCUAUAUUUUAUAUUGUCCUAAUUGCUUAUUUAAUAUUUUACAUCUCGAUUUAAUAUGUAAUAGACUAAAAAAAUACCCAAUUAAUAUUAUAUUUAGCUAUGUUAUCGCUUCUUACAAUAAUAGUAGAUUUUUUCAUAAAAAUGAAAACUUCAGUUAUAUCUUAAUCAGAAAUUAGUUGCAUUCCAAGAGACAUUUGCUCUGAAUAUAUGUCUAAAGAGCUAAUAUAAGAUACUAUAUGUAUUAUUAUAAUAAUACUGUCAUUUAUAAAUGAAAUAAUUUAGCCAAUAUUCUUACUCAUAAGCUAUCUAGUUAUAUUUAUAAAGAUUUAUAACAGAUUAAACAAUAAUGGUUUAUUUAUAAAAUUUCAAAUACAAAAUAAAAUGAUUAACUAGUAUGUAAGUUUAUUCAUCACCAUAGCAUUUGUUGUACACUGUAGUAUAAGUGGUUUAAAUAUUAUAUCAAGUAUUUCUAAGAAUUGCAAAUUCUAUAGUACAUAUCUGAUCGAAUAAUACUAAAACAAUUAAAAUUGCUACUUGUAAAUUUACCAAUAAAAUUUUAGAAUCAUAUUUUCUAGAUUCCUAAGCUAAUCCUAAAGAUACAGCGACUUAACUAAUAAUUUGAAUGACAUGGAAGCUAUUUACUUAGAUAUUAUCAAUAUUUUUGAUAUAAUCAUUUUGUUAUAUUUUUUUAUUAUCUUCUUUAACACAGUUAUAAAGGAACUAAAUUUUAAAAAUGUGAAUUAAGAACAGAUUUCAGAUGCUAUUUCUUUCUUGAAUAACAGAAAAGUUUCCAAUUAAACAAAUGCUAUUUGCAUAUAAUAUCUAGAGAACAUGAAUAAAUGCUUAUUUUAGUAAAAUCUAAAAGGAUUAAGUGUUCUAGAAAAAUUUCCAUAAUAACUUAAGCAAAAAAUAAAAAUUGAGAGUUAUUAUGCGUUGCUGAAUUCUGUAGAAUAAUUCAAAAAUAACUUUAGCAAAUCAUUUUUAAAGUAAUUGGCAUAUUUUGUGAAAGAAAGAGUCAUUUAAAAUGAUGAAAUCAUUUAAAAGAAAAAUGUUGUUCUCGACAAAUUAUAUCUUUUUGGGAAUUAAAAUUUAUUAAACUAUUUGAUAGAAUAUGGUGAUGUUUAGAAAAAUAUUACUGAGCUUUACUAAAGAGAAAGAAAUUUAAUUUAUCCAGACCUUAAAUACUUCUUAUCAGGAAUUUUAUGUCCAUACAGCAUUUAAAGUAAGAGUAACAAUAUCGUUCCUUUUAUUUCAAUAGAAGAUUUUCAAACUGUGAUUAAAAACUUUGAACCAGAUUACGAAAAAUAUUGCAUGAUAAAAGAUAAGAUUUAAUUUGAGCUCAUUUCAUUUAACCGUUGCAACAGCUGUUUGCAAUAUAAUCAUGAUAUAUUGAAGUGCUAGAUGUUACACUUUUACCCUGAUAAAGGAAUAUUUUAUAAGCUAUCAGAUUUUUAAUAGAGACAGUUUAAAAAUAGAUACAAGUAUGAAAAGUAAAAUUCAUUAAAGAUCAGAGAAAGUAUCAGAUACGAUUUGAUGCUGAUUAGAUUGCGCUAGGUUACAAAACAAAAUAAUCUUAAUAAUACAAGAUACCUAUUCAACCAAAUUUUGACCUUAUAAGAUUCUCACUUUUAUAAAAUAUUACCUAAAGUUAAGCUUUUUAAAAGAACCUAAAAAGAAAAAUACCUUAAAUAACUUAUGCUGAAAUCGAAUUUAGAAAAUGUUUUUGCUCCUAUUGAAGAACAUUCUCCUUAAAUAGAAUAAAGAUAACAAGCCCCACGUAGCACAUUUGUUAACGUAGCACCUAGUUCACUUGUACAUUAGCAAUUAUAUGAAAAAGUACGUAUUUCAGAAGAAUAAAAUUAAUUAACUCCAUCUAUAGAAGGUGGAAGCUAAAACAGUAAUAAUAUUAUUAGAAAAUCUCUUAAAAAAGAAAGCUAAAAGCCCAUUUAACGAAAUUCUCUGUCGGGACAAACAGUUGUUGGAAGUGCAUCGCAGUUUAGGUCAUCACAAGUCAUUUCUUAAUAAAAUGUUUAAAAUCUUUUUACAUAAAAUUAUCAUGGGAUUUAUUCAAAUUUAUCAGAUAACUUUAAUAGCUAAAUGAAAAACGAGAUUAGUUCUCCUACGAGUAAUAUAAUGAUAAACCAUGCUGAAGAUGGUAGCUAAAAUGUUAGCUAAGUGUUUGAAAUGUAUGAUGAUGAAGAAGGCAAUAAAAAUAAAUUCAUCAAUAACAACAAUAUUUAUAAUCAAAAUGGUAAUACUGAUUAAUAAUAAUAAAUCAUUUCAGAAUCUCCUAGUUAUCUUACAGCUGUAAACGGAUAAAAAGAUAAUCAGUCUGUUUUUUCAAGCAUUGAUAUAUCUGAGAUGAUGGCAUAAAAGUCUUCAUAAUUUGAUAAUGGUUUAAAUGAUAAAAAGCAAAAUCUUCAAAGAUUAAAUAGCAAGAAAAAAACAUAUCAGCUCUCUGUUUUAUAUCCAAUGAUACAAUAAUCUUCAUAAUAGUCAUUCUCAGUAUUAGAAAAUUAAAAAUAAAUACCAAAAAAGUCUAUAAGAAGCUCUGCCAUGUUCCUCGAUGAAGAAAACUAUGAAAACUACGAAAUUUUAAAAGCUUUUUUCAGUGUGUUAAAUAAAAAAAAAAGAAGGCCAAGUGCUAAAGCAUCGUCUUCUGCAUACUAGAAAGAUGGCAAUUUGCUUAAUUUAGAAUCUGAAAAUGAAUCUAUGAAAGAAAUAAAAUUAUUAAUAUAGUAAAUAAACAGAGGCAAUAACUAUUCUGAUCACUUAUUUGGUCCUUUGGAGUUUUAAUUUGAUAAAAUGCAGUAAUUUAAAAUUUAUUAUCCCUCAUAUAACUGUGACAAAGUCAUUUCAAAGUUAAACAAAAAAAUUAUCAAAAACCAAAACUUUUAAAGAAAAAAAACUCUCAUGUCUCAAAGAUAGAAAACCCAAGUCUCUUAAAAGUAAAAAAAGAAUAAAUUAGAUUAAAUUUAGUGA